CGGUAUAAAAACAACAAAAAGCGGAGUUGUCAAAAAUUCUGACAUUUGGCAAGUUCAGGAAAAUUGUUAUAAAUUUAUUGGUUUUCUGGAGCAAUUUUAAUAUUCUUCACAAUUCAAUUGUUUGCACUUUACGAUUGAAAAUGAGACUUAGCCUUGGUUAAAAUUGAUAGAAAUAGUCCUUUUCAACAAAAAAACUGUGGACUCUUCGAAUUUGACGCAGCCUGCUUAGGCUGCUGGCCGAUGACGUAGUGUUCCUUGGUGUAUUGGUUGGCGGAGGCAGCAGAAAAGAAGGAAGAACCAUAGCAGUACAAACACUUCGAUAACAAAAAGACUUUCCAACGAGUGCAGAGUACUUUCAAUUGUUUUGCAUCAUUGACUAGCCAGGUAAAGAGCGUAUUUCGUGUACUAACACUUGCAAAAAAGCAUUCAGCUGUGCUGCUUGGUGAACUGUGACAGAACACUUAAUACAUUGGUGUUGUUCGGAAGGCAUUAUGCUACCGCGUACAACAGAACUUUUGCGCUUGUUGCAUUUGAGGCAGCGUUUCUUUGGGCGUCGAGGCUUGCAUGGAAUGGAGUGUAUCAAUAGCAUCCUGAUUAAACGGUUUAAUAACCGCUUGAACGCAUAUGAUGUCAUAUAUUUCGCAAACAAAAGGUUGUCGAAGAAUUGUGCAAUUUCUUUUAUUGGGGGUCGCUCAUACUCCAAGAAGGAAGUGAAGGCACUUUCUGCAACGGCUGUGUCUAGCUCACCCACAAGUAUUGGCAAUGAGGCUACAUCAAAAGUGAAAACUACCAAAAAAUCGGCUACUGAACCUAAGCAAAUAAUCAAAACUGCCUCGAGCGCCAAUAUAGCUCCUGCGCUACAGCCUGCAACAGGGGGUGAAACUACAAAAACAUUAGAAAUCAAAACCUCCAAAGGCCCUCUCUUAAUCACGACGACAUUUGAAGAUUCCAAAAUUAAUGAUAUAGUGAUUGAGAAAACGAAGGCUCCUGUUACAGACUUACCAAUACCACCGGCCAAAAUAUCAGUAAAUGAGUUGUUAAAGGAAACAGCGCAGGCAGCGGCUGCACAAUUGCAAACGUCGCCUACAAUAGAUGCAGCCGCAACCGCAGCUACGGUGGCAGCAGCAACGGCAAAGGCUAAAGCAGCCAUAGCCAAAGUCGUUACACCUCCAGAGGCAGUCAAAGUGACAGCAAAUAGUGCGCAGGCACAGUCAUCACCUACAGCUCAGAUUACUGCAACGAGCACACACACUGCUGAAGCUGUCAUGCAGAAGCCCAAACGUGUGUUAGUAGACUUUAAUCGCUCCUCCCUGGAGCGCAAUUUUAUUACACCAACGCGCGCAAUGAGCGACUUUCUGCUGAAGGCCUCCGACCUAGACAGUCUAUCAAAAAUAAAACGACGCUCGCCAUACGAACAAGAGCCACCCAUAACCGUGUUUUGGCGCAAAGAUGUGGAAGCGAAGGCUAUAGGUGUCUGGGGUUCACGCGAGAAUUUGUUGAAGGAACAACUUAAGCGUGAGAUAGAACGAAAGAAGCAUCAACAAAAUCUCUUCACAGUUAAGCGGCGUUUGCGCGACUACCGACGUGAAAUCGGCGCACGCACGGUUGUGGUCGAUGCGGAGCCUGGCUUGACAGGGAAAUCGGGCAAAGUUGUGCUCAUAGCAAUUGGCAUCAAUAGCUUGAAUUUUCUGUUUAAGGCCUGCGGUUGGGCGUAUACCGGCUCACAUAGUAUGUUUGCUGAAAGCAUACACUCACUGGCCGAUACAAUAAAUCAACUUAUCUUAGCCUAUGGCAUACACAAGUCCACACAAAUGGCAGACUCGGAUCAUCCUUAUGGCUAUAGUAAUAUGAAAUACGUUUCUUCGCUCAUUUCGGGUGUUGGCAUAUUUUGUGUGGGCGCUGGCCUGUCAGUGUAUCACGGCAUCACAGGACUCUUGCAUCCGGUACCAGUAGAAGAUUUCUUCUGGGCCUUCUUUAUACUCGGCGGUUCGCUGGUGUCUGAGGGCGCUACGCUCAUAGUGGCUUUGAAUGAAUUGCAGCGCGCGGCCAAGUGUAAUGGCGUAUCGUUUAAGGAGUAUGUACUGAGCGGUAAGGAUCCCUGUGUUAACGUUGUGCUCACUGAGGAUGCUGCUGCGGUAACGAGCGUAGCUGUGGCGGCAACCUGCAUGGGGCUCACUUCAUUUACUGGCUUGCCGGUGUUUGAUGCUGUCGGUUCAUUGCUGGUUGGCGGCAUUUUGGGUGCCGUGGCCUCCUUUAUUAUCUACACAAAUGCAGCGGCGCUUGUGGGCAAAUCAAUAUCGGAAGAUUUAUUGAACAAAAUCAAUGCUGAGCUGGAAAGUGAUGUGAUGAUUCGCGCCAUACAUGAUGUUAAAGGUAUUGAUAUGGGAAAUUCACUAGUACGCUACAAGGCCGAAAUGGAUUUCGAUGGCCGCGAGUUGACGCGCUCAUAUUUGGACAAACAAGAUCUAAACGAUCUCUUACAGACAGUUCAAUCAUUCCAGAAAGUUGAAGAAUUGGAGGCAUUCUUACUCAAACACGGCGAAAAUAUUGUUGACCUCAUGGGUGGCGAAAUCGAUCGAAUAGAAAUGAAGCUAAGGAAGAAAUUCCCCGAAAUACGACAUUGUGAUCUAGAAAUUUUUUUUUAGAUCAGCACAAUGAGAAACGAAAGCAAUUCUGGUUUUAAGUUACACCUUUACUGCACCUUUUCAAGCAAAUUCUGAGAUGAACUGCACUCAAACGAAAUCUAAACUAGAAAACUUUUGGGCCGACAGAGUAUAGACAUUCCUUAAUACGGUUAGUUGAAUCAAAAGCUGGCUGCAUCCCAACGUCAUUGGAAGCAAUUAGUUGAAAGGCCGUUCACACCAGGCGAUUGCUGCUUUCAACUAAAAGUUGCCUGUAAAAUUGCCACAUACGAACACCGUAUAAGAGACAUUCAUCAAUACGACAAGUCAAGACACACUAUCCUCUUGAGUUCUCGUCUCGGUAAUGCCAUAAUUUGAACCCAAUCCCCACCUGUAGCAGAAGAAAAGCUCCAGUUGCCUUGUGAGACCCCCGUCAUUCUGGACGUAGCAGGUUAAUCUACUUAUCCAGAAUCAACACCGACAUUAUCCAACACAUGUUCAGCUUGUCACUGGUCGCUUAAAACUACUCAACUAAGAACCCGCUAGCCCUGAUCCGAUUCCUCUGGAAACUUCCGAAUUGCUGUAACCUUGAAUCCGGUGGUAGUAAACUACAGAGGACUGGAGGAACUCUAGGACGUUAACAGUUUGAUACUCAUUAAAUUCUUCGAAAAACGUAUACAGACCCUUACUUAGAAUAGUUCACACGAAGGUCCCCUAAGCCCUCUCAUCUGAGUUCGACAUCGUCCAUGUUCCUGCGCUAUAUAAAAGGACGGGAAUGAUGAGAACACGUGGCCCAAACUGGCCACCUGUGAGAGACCAGUCCGGUGGAUCUGCCAAAGCGUUCCCCCACUAUAGUUACAAUAUCGGUCUGCAUAUUGUAGCAGCUUUAAACUGUUACUUAUCCAGACUAGACUCGAAGUACCAAAUAUAUGUCCGGCAUGUGAAGGCUCUCCCCAAGACACGAACCCCCUCUUCAAACGCUCCCUCAACCCAACUUAACACACACUCAUCUCCUUCUGGUCCGACCCCGACGAAACGUUUCCUGGGCCCAACGUAUGUUGGGCUUGAUGACAACGAUUGAAGGAUUAGCCGAUUCUAGGCAGGGCUAAGAUUGAACCGGCUAACAUCGGCUCGGAGGAAGCAAACGUCUCACGAGACAAUACAUGGUUAUUGCCAGCUCAGGAUUGUGUAGUUACUUAAAUCGACAACUCCCCCACCACACACCAAAGUGCUAAAAAUAUGCCUAGCAGGAAAUUGUCGAUGAUACCUGACGAAGGUUCAUUGGGGUAUUUUUUCCAAACUUUAAGACAUUAUUGAUUCUCAAGGUUUGAUCAAACAUUGAAUAAAGAUUGAUUUCAAAUUGA